GUUGACAUCUGUCGAUUCUGGAUCAAGUAAAAUCAUAAGAUGUCACGAGGAUCAAUAUCAUCAACGGAUUGCUGUCGUCGUUUAGCAAUUCUCAAACAUGAGUCCUUGCUUUUGAGCGCAAAUGGAAGUCGCAUCGAAGUUUUUGACAACGACGUUUAUAUGCAAACUAUCUAUCUCGAUGCGGGAGCCGACAUCACCAAAAUGAUCAGUGCAAAAGGUGGAGUCUUAGUGCUACAAGAGCGAAGUCUUUAUUUUGUACGGAAUGAAGCAAUCUUUAGUGGAGAUCGGAACUUGCUGAGAUCAGCACUCGACCGGCGUACAGCAAACGCUAUCUCUACGGAAAGCAGAGCUCUUGGUAAAUGCAGUUUGUCAAGAAAUGACGAUUCGACUCUAUUGCCGACAUAUGGCCACUCAGACUUACAAAGCCGCCAUGGGAAUGGGAGCAGAUUAGGGAGAAAAAUAGUGAAAAGAAAGUACGAAAGCAACCUCAUCGGCUGUCAUUUUCUAGAAAAAUCAGAGGAGGUAAUCGUUGUCACCUCGUCCUUGGAUGUUCUUGCCGAAAGUCUGAAUGCUGUUUUUGGGAAUUUCUACAGAUUGUGCCACGUUGUACCUAAAAAAUUAGUUGCGAUAAUCUCGUGCCUUAUCACCGGAACAGCAUGGAAAAACCUCCUCAUUGUCGCCGGCGCGUGGUCGGGUGAGCUCAUCAUCAGCCGACCUUGGUCUCGCGAGGAAGCGUACUACGAUCUCGAGCAUGGUCUAGUAUACAGCCUAUCGUUAUUUGGUUCUCAUCUAUGCUGUGUAUGUGACGAUCGAGCCUUGUUGGUCUACGAUAUCGCUCCUAUCCUCGAAGCUGACGAACUGAACGAUUCGCUGCAGAUGGGCAACACUAUGGAAGCUUAUGCUCAUUCGGCCCGGCCUUAUGUGGUCGCUGUAGAUGACCAAAAGAACAUCUUCACAGCAGGGCAAGACGAGACGUUGAUGAUGUGGAGAAUAUCUUCGACGGGAUUGCAACUAAUUUGUAAACAAGUGCUUAGGGUGGGAUAUAUCAGAGCGAUUCUUCUUGAUUGCGAGUCAGUGUAUGUGGCAUCUGACUAUGGGAACCUGGUACGUGUUUAUAAGAGUGACCUUGAAAAUGAAGCUAUUCUAUCGUGGGAUCCUGUUACUGCUGUAAAGUCGUUCACAAGAAUGAGCAAUGGAAGCGUACAAAUCUUGAGAUACGAAGACGAAUCUUCGGCGCGGUUUCUGUCAAAAACAUCACUAGGUUCUCCGAGUUCAGACUUUGCUGCAGUAGUUCAGGACAGUGCAUUACGAAUUUUCAGAAACAAGCAAGAAAUUCGCUGUAUUAACAUCAAGAAAAAAAUAACUGCGGUGCACAUUCAUGGCUCAUUUGCUUUUGUUUUCUAUGAAAGUAUUCUUGCUGAGAUAAUCAAUCUUGAAUCAUACUCCUGUUUUUGUGUGCUCAACUUUGAACCUGCAAUCAAACGUGGAGCGAAGCGCAAAGAAAUAAAAUUCACCACUUUUGCUAUACACAAAUUUGGACAGAGAUUCUCUAUUGCUUUGGGUACCGUAAGUGGGCAGAUAUUCUACGUCACUGGAUUUGAUGGUGCUACAUCGCCCUUGAAUGUACAUUCAUCGCCUGUGUUGAACUCUGUCUUCAAACAUCAUCCGAUAACUCACCUCUGGAUCCGCGAAUGCGAACUGAACAUCGUUGGUCGAAACGGAAUCCUAGCUGUUGUAGUACUAAAGCCUAACGGAAAAGUAGCCAUACUCAGUGCAAGGCCGCUUUGUCCCUAUCUACCGCAUCUCGUCCCUGUGGCAAUGAAUGCUGACAACACAUUGAUAUUAGCGUUCAGUGGUAACAUCUUCUAUGUCGUGGAUUACUACACUCAGUCCAUACUUGAUCAAGUGGACUGCGGAGGAGCUCAUAGAAACUGGUAUUUUUCAGCUCAAAAUUGUUCAGACCUCCGCACACGAUAUUUUUUCGAUUUUAUCGCGAAAGGGCGUCUCGUCACUGCUCAUUUGGACCUGAAGUCCGUGAAAAAGAUCAGCGAUGCCCCACAUCGUACGGAUAUCGUCGACAUAUGUUUGAUGCAUGAAGACUCCUAUGGGGCUUUGUUAUCCACCGUAGCCGCAGAUCACUCAAUUACGAUUUUUUCACUGGGAACUGACGGUGGUGAAAGGAAGGACGCAAUCAAAUUAUACAACGAAGCUAAACCGACAUGUAUGUGCUCUCAUGCCUUUUCUCGCCUCGAGUGGGUACUGUAUGUUGGCGGCGAAAAAAGCGCUGUGACGACCUGGUUAGUAACAGCAUCUGACAUUCAGCUUUCUGAUCCAAAAUACGUUACGUCUUCUGUGUACUAUCGAGAUCACUGUGCUGCUAGAGUCGUCUCCAUUGCCACAAAUAGUAAUUAUGAAAAUGUACUAUGCACCAAUCACCAUGCCGUCGUUGCCUAUGCUGAUGGAGUCUUAGAAAUUAUACAGCCAGUUUUGGAAGAAAACCAACCGACGGUCGCAUUACAGUUACUGAAGCGCAUCAACAUCAACUCUGAGAUUCUUUUUCCCGUACAGGUAUCUUUACGAGUUGGCGCCCAAGGAGAAUUAGAAAUUGACUUAGCUGCCACUUCUGGUAGACAUGGACGCUACAGUUUCGAGCCAACUUUACAUUUGCAUAGGCAGCAAAGCGUUGUUAUCGAGCAAUGCGGUUUAUCUGCAAUUUUCGUAUAUCCUAUCGAAGAUGGUGGAAGGAAGAUAAUUGCAGUUGGCUCAGAAUCUGGCUAUAUUACUGUUGCUGUUUGUACUAAUAAUGGGACCACUGUCACCGCAUCGAAGAAAGUCCACUCAGGGACCGUCACCUCUCUUCAAGGGCGCCGAGUUGGUGAUAAAUAUCAGCUAGCCUCAGUUUCAUUGGAUUGUCGCUUGAUUUUGUGGAAUUUGAGUCACGACGCAAAAGAGAUAGAUGUUGUGCAGAUUUGCAGUUUGGAUGUUCGUGAUCCAUCUUCUUUAGCCUUUGUUGGGAAAGGAGCGUUGGUUGUGGGCAACGGCAUGGAAUCGAUGCAGUUUGGAUAAAUCGAUAAUCGAUAAAUUUAAACGAAAUUGAAAAAGAAUUUUGGAAUGAAAAUGUGGAAUUUGCAUCAUAAUAUUACUCAAGUUCACACAUUCUCCUAGCCUUGUCCUGCCCUCUCUUUGUCUGUUGGUAAACCUUGUGGCUGAUACGAAUCAUAUCUUUCUACCAGUUUUAGUGAUUGAUUCUUUUGGUUAAUGUCAUUGUAUUUUUUCUAUGCAUCGUUUGUAGUUUCAAUGAUUGUAUCAUGGUAAACUUCCAUUGAUGUUGUGAGUUUUAUUUUUGUUCUGUUGAUUUGUUGCUUACUGUUGUUGAUCUUUUUGAAAGUGAAAA